UCACCUCAUUGGGUUGCUAGGUAACCUAAUGAAAUAAUUUGCGGGAUCCUGGUUAAUGAGCUGUUCAGAGACAGAAGAAGACAUGAGCUCUGAUCUGCAACAGGGGGAGGAGGCUCCCCAGGUGAGCCAGCAGGAGGCACUGAAGAGUGAGGAGCUCCACGAGGUGGACCUCCAGCAGGACGAGGCAAAACAAGAGGAAACUAUGUUGGAGGAGGAGGACCAGGAUGAAAACAGCCAGCAGGUGUGGGAGAAGCUGCAAGAAGAGCUUAACAAGGAGGUUCAUGGUGAGGAGGACCAGCAGGUGGAGAUACAUGAAGAGCAGCAGGAAGGGCUUUACAUGGAUAUCCACAGUGAGGAGGCCAACAGAGAGGAGUUCCAGCAGGUGCAGAUAGAUGAAGAGGAGCAGCAGGAGGAGGAAGGGUUUUACAAGGAGAUCCACAGAGAGGAGAUCCACAGAGAGGAGGUGCACAGAGAGGAGGUGCACAGAGAGGAGGUGCACAGAGAGGGAGUCCACAUUGAGGAGGUCCAGCAGGUGGCAGCCAGCAUCAUACAGCAGGCCUGGAGGAGACAUGUGGGAUCUGCUGCUGUGGACACAAACACUGAUAAACACUCUGAUACACACACAGAUACACACUCUGACACCCACUCUGAGUGAAAACGUUUCUUUAAAAAUUACUCCUCCUCUGUGCGGGGUUGAGUUGAGUUGUUGGAGGCUCAGCGUCCUAGUGUGUCCGCUGAAAUUAGAAAAACACAUUGAACCUUCAUACAUGUUAGCAUGUAGCAUGUUAGCGUAUGGCAUGUGUUAAAGUCAGACCCAGAGGAGGUGCUGGAUCUGAUGAAGAGACAAACUUGUUUUGUCAUAAUUGGCACUUUAAAUACUUCAAACCACAUUAACAUUAUUGAUUUAAAUAAAUCAUGUUCAUGUCAGACCAUAUCAUCGUAUCAUAUUAGAUUUACGAGUUCAUCCUGUGCUGAGCUUUAUUUUUACAAUUUCUAUGUGUAUAAAGCAUUAAGACCCA